CUAGGGAGAAUACGGCGGCGCGGCGGCCGGGCUGGGCGGUUUCCCGCCGCGGCCGGUGAAUGAGUCCGACUGCGCUGCCGCCGCCGCCCUGGUGGAAGCAGCAGCCUCCGCCCCCACCCCAGACCCGGAGCCUCCGCGCCGAGACCCCGGCGAGCCCGCGGGACAGCCUCAGCCUCGGGACAUCACCCCUGGCAGACGCUGCGCGCUCCUGGCCUCCUGCGCUGCCCCCAUGAAGAAGACCAACAUGUGGUUCCUGGAGCGGCUGCGGGGGUCCGGGGAGAACGGCGCGGCGGGGGGCGAGGCGGGAGACAAGGCCUCCAAGGGGCCCCUGUACAGCAACGUGCUCACGCCCGACAAGAUCCCCGACUUCUUCAUCCCCCCCAAGCUGCCGGCCAGCCCCGCGGAGCCGGAAGGGCCGGCGGAGCAGGGCCCGGCCGCCGAGCCGACCCCGGCCGCGGCUUCGCCCCGCCGCGCCCCGCGGAGCCCCCGGCUGCCCGCCAAGCUGGCGGCCGAGAGCAAGAGCCUGCUGAAGGCGGCCACCCGGCAUGUGAUCCAGAUCGAGAGCGCCGAGGACUGGCCGGCCGAGGAGGCCGCCACCAACGCCGACCCCCAGGCGCAGGGGGCCAUGUCCCUGCCCUCCGUGCCCAAGGCGCACACGUCCUACGGCUUCGCCACGCUGGCCGAGAGCCCGCACACGCGGCGCAAGGAGUCCCUGUUCCACAGCGAGCACGGCGCCCUGGCCCAGGUGGGCUCCCCGGGGGCGCGGCGCCGCAAGGGGGGCGGCAAGGCCAACGGGGGCGACGGCGCGUCCCGGGAGGCGGGCGGCGCGCUCAUGAGCCCCAGCCGCUACUUCAGCGGCGGGGAGAGUGACACGGGGUCCUCGGCCGAGUCGUCCCCGUUCGGGUCCCCGCUGCUCUCGCGCUCCGUGUCGCUGCUCAAAGGCUUCGCCCAGGACAGCCAGGCCAAGGUGAGCCAGCUCAAGCACUCGGUGGGCCGCCACGGCUCCCUGUCGGCGGACGACAGCACGCCCGACACCAGCCCGGGCGCCCGGCGCCGCCUCACUCGCCGGGCCGCCCCGGAGCCGGGCGGCGCGGAGCCGGGCCCGGUGCCCCGCGCGGAGCACGCGGUGCGCAUGGGCCCGCGGGGCAGCGUGCGGCUGCUGGCCGAGUACGAGGCGGCCCAGGCGCGGCUGCGGGUGCGCCUGCUGGCCGCCGAGGGUCUGUACGACCACCUCUGCGAUGCCCGAAGCAUCAACUGCUGCGUGGGCCUGUGCCUGGUCCCCGGGAAGCUCCAGAAGCAGCGCAGCACCAUCAUCAAGAACAGCCGCCACCCCGUCUUCAACGAGGACUUCUUUUUCGACGGCCUCGGGCCGGCCAGCGCCCGGAAACUGGCCCUCAGGAUCAAGGUGGUCAACAAGGGCAGCAGCCUCAAGCGGGACACGCUGCUGGGGGAGAAGGAGCUGCCCCUGACCUCCCUGCUCCCCUUCUUGUAAAGGCCCCUGGCUGCCCACCCUCCGUGCCUCCCGCAGGUGCCCAGGGGAGACCCACCUCCCCUCCCCACUCGGAUUCCGAGGGCGGGUGGCAGGAGGCUCAUUGGCUGCGCCAGGGGCCAGGGGGAGGAGGAGGUGGGUUUAAACUCAGGCUGGGCCGGCCGGAUGCUGCAGCUGCGGCGGGGGGCUCUCCUGGGAUGCUGCAUGGUGACCAGGAUACUGCUUUUCAGGGACUAAGUUAUGUGGAGGAGGAGAAGAGGGGGCUGCCAGGGAAGAGAAGGCCAUUUGCAGGCCUGAGCGCUACCCCUGAGCCCCCAGUUCCAUGUCCCUCGGUGUGGUCUCACCACUGACAGAGUUCAGGUGGCUGGGAACCUGUGCCAGGAGGUGGCCGAGGUGGAUGGAAGACCUCGAGGUCUCCAGCCCUGAGCCUGGGCGGAAUCUUUUCCUGUGUGGCACGAGUGUCCUCAUCCCCCAGGUCUGCCAGACGCCCCCCCCCCCCCGCCCCCACCAAAUCAGUGCCAGGCCCCAGGUUCUGCCGCCAGUGCCCCAUGGGGCUGUGGGAGGCAGCAGAGCGGAGGAGCUCAUGGUGCAGGAAAUCCCAGAGGAUGAAAAUGGGAACAAUGAUGGGAACAAUGGCUCUGCUUCUGUCCCUGGAGCCAGACAGCCCUCCCGGGGCCGUUUCCCUCCGGCACCUUCUUGGCUUGCUUUUCGGGCACAGGCCAGCCUGGCUGGUCCACUGCAUCUGCUUGGGAGCCCUGGUGCUGCUGGGGUUCUGGAGCCUCCCUCCCCUGGAGAGGGAUGCUCUGAAAGCACCAGAGGGCAGCCCAUGACUCCCAUCCCCCCUCCCUCCCAUGCUACCCCCCUCCGCCCUCCCCCGCCCAGCACCCUUGGCAACUGGACACCAGGGAGUGAUGCCCAGUGACUGAUGGCUGUGGCUUUUACUCCACGUGUGUAAAUAGGUUUUGGUUAGGGCAGGUAGGAUAAAGGGACAAAGGGGCGGGCUGGGUGUGUGUGUGUGGGGUACCCUGGUGUGACUUUUCAUGCUGCUAGGGGGCUGCAUAGCCUUGCUUAAUUUUUGAGGAGGUUUUCCAGCUCAGAGAAACAAAUGGUACAGUUUGAAGCAGGGGCAAGCUCCGCCAGGCCAGCUCUGCUCCUGCAUUUCUCCUGGGCUGCCUGCUGGGCAUGGAUGGACGAGGGCAGCGCAUUGAAUCCUGGGGUGCCCCUCCCUGUUCAAACAUUGUCCCUCUUGACUCUAGGUUUCCCAGCCCCACGAGGGGUGAGGUGAAGAGGCAGAUUUCCCUCAGGGCUGGGGAAAGCACCAGUGCACCCUGUGCUGAGAUAGAGGGGCCCUUGGAGCUGGGGUUCCUUUUAGUGCCCCCUUUGGUCUUUGUCCUGUGCCUGCUCCUUCAUGCUCCUGCUCCUGCCUUCAUAGGGGCUCCCCCUUCACUCUGGAACUUGGAGACCACCAGGGCCAGGCUUGUGGGCAACAGAGGGCCCUGCAAGGAGCUAGAUGCUUGGAGCUCAUACCCCUCCUGUUCUUUCUGACCCUGACCUCCCCCCCCCCCCC